AUGACAGAAACUCUAGAUUUUCAAAAUUUGAAGCUCAACUCAAUUAUUGGAUUUGGAGGUACCGUGCCAGGCGGCUUGAUUAAGCAUCCAGAUGGAGUCCAUACGAUCUACUCGCUUGGCUCUACUGUAGUCAUCAACGAUUCGAGAAAAAAAAGUAUGCAAGAAUUCUUACAGGGGCAUACAAAUGUUGUGAGUUGUAUUGCCGUGUCCAAAGACGGCAAAUAUAUUGCGUCUGGGCAGGUUACUCAUAAAGGAUUUCAGGCAGACAUCAUCAUUUGGAGCUUUCAUGAUCGAACUCUUCUUCAUCGUCUUACCCUGCAUAAAGUCAAAGUGCAAGCCUUGGCAUUUUCUCCUUCAGGUGCAUAUCUGGCUUCAUUAGGAGGAGAAGACGACAACGCGGUGAUUGUUUGGGAUUUAUCUACAUACGCUGCAAUAUGUGGGUCUCCAGCCUCAACUGACUCUUCAGGCAUUACUCUUGCUCUUGCAUACCUUCAGAAUGACGAUUUUUCAUUUGUCACGGGCGGGGUUGGCACACUGCGUGUUUGGGAGCUCAACGUUUCUCAAAGAAAAAUUCGUGCUACAAACUGUCAAACGGGCCAAAUCAAAAGAGUCGUCAAAUGUAUUGACAUUGAUCAAAAUGACGAGUUUAUGUACUGUGGAACAACGACGGGUGACCUUAUGCAAGUGAAUCUGCGUACAAAACUGUUUAAGCAUUCUGGACCACCAAAAGAAAAGGAACUGUUUUCUAUGGGAAUUCUUUCAGCUGCACUAACACCUAAAGGCGACGAGGUGAUUGUUGGUUGCGGGGAUGGAGUGAUAGCCAAGCUUUCGCUACCCAAAUUGAGUAUUGUCAAAAAAACCAAAAUCAAUGGCAGCGUCACUUCGAUUACCUUUGAUGACGAAAAACAGUUUUUUGCUGGCACGGCUUACUCGAACAUAUACACAGUGAUGCUGGAUGAGUUUUCUCCUACAUUAAAGUCGACAUGCCACUACGCAUCCAUCAACGACAUUUGUUUUCCAACUGAGUCCUCGGAUGUAUUUGCCACGGCGUCUGAUACAGAUAUUCGUAUUUGGAAUGCACACACAUCUACCGAGCUGCUACGGAUUGCCGUUGCCAAUCUUGAAUGCAAAUGCAUUACAUUUAAAAAAGAUGGAUCUUCUUUGAUUUCUGGAUGGAACGAUGGCAAAAUUCGUGCAUUCGGUCCACAAAGCGGUCGUCUUCAAUACGAAAUCAAUGAUGCGCAUAAACGCUGUGUAACUGCUCUAGCCGUUACUGAACCGUUCAAUUCCGCAGGAGAUUUUCGUGUUGUUUCUGGUGAUGGGCAAGUACGUGUGUGGAGAAUCACAAAGCAGGUUCAACAUCUUGAGGAUGCCAUGAAGGAACACAAGGGUACCGUUACAUGUAUAAAAAUUCGUAAAAACAGUCUCGAAUGCGUGUCUUCCUCCAGCGACGGAUCCUGCAUUUUAUGGGAUCUGACCAGAUACGUUCGAAAUCAAGUCUUAUUUGCACCUUCAUUUUUUAAAGCUGUCUGUUACUAUCCAGACGAAAGUCAACUCCUUACAAGUGGCACUGAUAGAAAGGUUGCUUACUGGGAAGCAUUUGACGGCUCCUUGAUUCGAGAGCUUGAAGUCUCACAAAGCGACACGAUCAACGGAUUGGAUAUCACUUGUGAUGGAAAGUUGUUUGUUAUCGGUGGGAGUGAUAAAUUGGUCAAGGUGUAUCGGUACGAAGAGGGAGAUGUGGCAUUUGUUGGUGUAGGUCAUUCAACGGAUAUUACCAAGGUCAAAAUUUCUCCCAAUGGAUCUUAUGUGGUUUCUGUGAGUGCUGAGGGAGCCGUAUUCUGUUGGGCACUCCCCAAAUGCUAG